AUGGAUGCUGAGAAGACCGCUACGCAGAAUCAAGAGGUGAAGAAGACCGUCAUUCCUCCGCCCGCCGAGCCAGCGCCUACACCAGAAGACGUUCAGCCUACCGAAGAGACCAAGACUACACCGCAUAAGAAGCAAGCGCGCUCUAAGAAGUCUACUCCCAAGAAAACAGCAAAGAGCAAGAAAAGUGCGAAGAAGGAAGAGUCAAGCGAUUCAUCCUCGUCAUCUUCGUCGUCCUCCGAGUCUGAACUCUCUUCCUCAGAAGACGACAGCGGCUCAUCUAGUGACGAUGGCGCGACUAAGAAGAGAAAGAACAAGAAAGCCAAGUUGAAGAAAGCCAACUCCAAGGCGGCGAAAAAGGGCAGACUCGGGAAACGACGAGCUACCCGGGAGGAAGAGGAAGACUCGUCUGACGACGAGGAUCCUGAUGAAGACGCUACAGCAGAGCUGCAGGCCGUGAUCGAGGCUCAGCGCGCCAGCCGGCUACGCAAACUCAAGCAACAGAGCAUCAGCGAAGAUCAGACCGAACUUGCCGAGCUUCUGGCUAGGCUGGGUGGUGGUGCUGCGUCGAGAGGUCUCCAGAAUCGGACUCGCAAGCAGUCUCUGGAUGCCUUGAGUACGCUCAAUCGCCGCAAUCUGGAUAUCGAAGAAAUUCGCAAGGCCGCCGAGAAGCAGAAGAAGGCGAAGGCGAAGCUGGCAAAGAAGAAGCGGGCAUCGAAGGUGGCCUUCAAGCGCGUCGAUCAGCUAUGGGAUUCGUCUAUCCAUAAUUACAAGCUGACCGAGACUGUCGAAGACAAGGAUGCCGACGAAUGGGACCAAUACAUCUUCACUGUACGGCGCAAAUUCGACUGGGAGCACAAGUACCAGGAGACCGCGGUCGACAUCAAGUCAAAGCCUUUGAAGGAAGCGCUUCAACACGUCAUGGUCGGGGUCAAAGGUGUCAGUCUUGUUGCUGACACGCCGCAUGUCGAUCCCAACAUGCUCUUCUUGUAUCUCGAGGAAACGCGAGCAUAUAUGAACAAGCUUUCGGAACAAGGCAAGUCCGCCAAGAAGAAGAAGGAUCGGAAAGAGGCCGCUGCAAAGGCUGCGCAUCUGAAGGUCCUCGUGAAGUACCUCGACAAGGACUACGCCGAGACCAAGAAGACCCUCUAUCCAAUGCUGGAGAACAAUACGAUAUCAUUCGAUCUUCUCUGGGCUCUGUUCAAGCCGAACACCAUCGCAUACACCACCACCUAUGGCGACAGCGAACAGCCUCGCGCUUUCAAGAUUGAGUAUGCCAAUAAAGAGUCGCACUUCAUGAAAGGUACGUGGUACAGCAUUGAAGGUCGAUAUCUUGAAUACGAUGGCAAGUCCUUUGGUAUGGGUAGCAUGGCUGUCCAGGUUCCACAGUUUCAAGGUGUGCGUCGCAUAUCGAUUCUGGAUUGCUACCCACUGCAGUACCACAAAGAACCUGCCGCAAUGCGGGAAACGCUUAUCGAGCGCGGCAAGAAGUUCGUCUCUCUGGAGGGCAUGCAUUACAAGUUCCACAAGGGUAUGGCGUACACCAAGAGAAAGCGGCAAAUACUGAAGAUCAACAUCAAUGGUCGAAUCAUGUGCGACCCGGCUAUUCACCGACGCAUCAACCCGAACUACCAGAUCAGCACUGUCCGACCCAAGGAGGAAGACGAAGAUAUCUUCGAAAUCAGCGAUGAUGAAGAGGAGAGCGAUUGCUGUGGCAGCAGCAGUGACGAUGGUGGCAACGAUGGCAACACUCCCUCGUCUAGUGAAGAGGCUGGUCAACAAGAGCGUCGUCGGUACAGAGUCGUCCGAGCUCCCGACGGAACAGCCACUAUUGUUGCAGUCGAGCCGGAGGACGAGGCCCAGGCUAUUUCACAGGGCGACCGGAUCGAGGAAGCCGAGAGCCGAGCAUUCAGCGAAGAGGAGCUCUUGAUCGCAUCUCCUGUCGUGCUUGGGUUUGCGUUUGGCGAGAAGCUCUGGCUCGAGUUCACCGUGUCAGGCAUCUCGGAGGUCGUCUACAACACAGAUGCAUUCGACAGUCUUGUCUUACCAGACAAUCAGAAGUCUAUAGUGAAAGCGCUAGUCUCAAGCCAUGCUUUCCACCCGUCAAAGAGCAUCGACGAUAUCAUCUCUGGCAAAGGCCGUGGUCUUUGCUGUGUUCUGCACGGUCCGCCAGGCACCGGCAAGACCUUGACGGCUGAAGGCAUCGCUGAUCUGCUCAAAUGUCCGCUGUACAUGGUCAGUGCCGGCGAUCUCGGUACUGAUCCGCGCAAUCUGGAGAAGGAGCUUCAGAAUAUUCUUGACAUCGCCCAUAGCUGGGGUGCCAUCCUGUUGCUCGACGAGGCCGACGUCUUCCUCGAGAAACGUUCGAUCCACGAUAUUCAUCGCAACGCACUGGUCAGCAUCUUCUUGCGGCUGCUGGAGUAUUUCCAGGGCAUACUGUUCUUGACAACAAACCGCGUCGAGACCUUCGACGAAGCAUUCGUUUCCCGGAUUCACCUGUCGCUCCGCUACGAGGAAUUGAGCACGAAGGCUCGACAUCGCGUCUGGAAGCUGUUCAUCGAGAAGGUCAUGAAGUCAGAAGGUACGGAAGUGGGACGGAUUACAGAUCAAGACUACGCCGACCUGGCGAGACGCGAUGUCAAUGGUAGGCAGAUCAAGAAUUUGGUGCGUGCUGCGCAGGCCUUGGCUGUGCAUGAAGAGAAGCCUUUGGACAUGAAGCACAUUAGGCGUGUCAUUGAUGUGGCGGAGAGCUUCGAGAGGGAUUUGAAGGGCGGCACGGGCUACACUGAUGCGAUGAGAAGCUACACUUGA